AUAGGACUAAUUCGAAACAUGAUAUAUCACGAAACGCGUAAGAAAUAUUAAUGUGCGUGUAUGCUAUUGCCCCGCAAACUGAAAUAUAUGUUUCGCAAACGUCACUUUCAGGAUUAAAACAUGAGUAAUUGGGUACCUGACGAUGGUGGAGGAUGGAAGUGGAACUGGACAGAAUUAUGUGGAUACCAGGGAGGUAUGGAUCCCAUUAAUCCGGAUACUCAUGAUCUCGAUGUAUGCUUCCAACAACUUUAUCUUCAGAUUCCUGUUCUAGUUUGUAUUGCCAUAGUAUCUGCAUAUUAUUGUGGGCGACGACACACAUAUUCCUCUCCUCAUUUGAUUUCCACUAAUGCUAUAAAUUGGAGAGUCGCAAUUAUAAUCUGCCUCGUAAUACUUCCUAUACUCAAGGCGUACAUCAUUCUCACUAAUACUAUACUUGCACCAUCGAAGAAUGUACUGCCCAACAGUGUGUUGUUACAAGAAUCUACCACAACAACCACGACAACUGAAAGUCCAGAAGCAUUUUUUAAUACUCCAGACUUAAUACAUCGGAUACAGACUGAUUUGAACCAUACCAUUGACUAUGCGAAGUCACUUAUUUUUCCAAGGAGUGUUCAAACCUCCACUGGACCUUCAAUCAUGUCCAAUUUACCGGACAAUAAUCUAAUGUCAGCUACGGUUGAGGACAAUGUCACUUGUGCCAAACCUAUUGAUUACCUCGUGGCAGCCACUGAAGGUUUGGCAUGGGUCGUCCACCUUUGUUUAAUACUCAGCUUAAAAAGAGGACGAGGACAAGAACGGUUUAAUCCGAGAGGGCCGCUAUUGAUAAGAGCAUUAAUAUUUCUAUUAAUGGUUAUCUCGACGCUGUUAUUAAGAAGCCACAUAAAGUACAAAACUCAGGCUGAUGUUUUACCCAAUCUAUCAUUGGGAUUCAGUGUCAGCGUGGUCACUCUACUAGUAUUCUAUGCUGUCACAUUGAUACCGGGAGGUAGAAGUGGCUUCAGAAACAUGAGACCGUCUCAAGUUAAUGAAAUAGGAGAACGGACAGCACUAUUGAGCACGCCGAAUACAUCUUACGUAAGAUUCCCUGAGGAACAGGACCCAACUUAUCUUGGGACCGCUAUGGAGGAUGCGACCAUCAUCUCCAAGCUUAUAUUUCAUUGGGUGAACCCCCUGAUGCAGAAGGGUGUUCAUGGCUUAUUGAAUCAUUCGGACGACUUGUUUGAGUUGCCGGAAUAUAUAAGUAGCGGUGCAAUUACACAGAAGAUCGAUAAACAUUUGCAGAGCAUGCCCAACGAUAUAAAUAAUAGAAUGGAAAAUACUGAUUCGGUGCUAGGAAUGCGUAUCCAAAUUGUUACAAACAAAAUGACGCUGUUCAGAUUACUGCACAAAUGCUUUGGUUUGGAGUUUUAUUCAGUUGGAAUAUUGAAGUUUAUUGGCGACUCUUCUACGUUUAUGGGGCCUUUGUUACUGAAUAGAUUAAUUGGUUUUAUAGAGGAUAAAGACGAGCCUAUCUCGUACGGAUAUCUGUACUCGUCGUUAAUCAUUAUAAGUGCUUUAAUAGGCGCCUUUUGUAACACACAUUUCACGUUUUGGAUGUCGGUAGUUGGAUUAAAAAUACGAUCUACAGUGAUCACGUUACUGUACAGGAAGAUUUUACAUUCCCCCAAUAUUCAAUUGAAGCAGCAAUUUAAUUUCGGCGAGAUAGUUAAUUUCAUGAGCACAGACAGUGAUAGGCUUGUAAAUAGUUGCGCAAGUUUUCAUGCAUUGUGGAGCAUACCUUUACAGCUAGUUGUGACAUUGUAUCUUCUUUAUCAACAAAUCGGGCUAUCGUUCUUGGCUGGCGUCGCGUUUGCUAUAAUUCUUAUACCGAUAAAUAAAGUAAUAGCAAAUUACAUUGGAAGACUGAGUACAAAGUUAAUGGCGUGCAAAGAUGAGAGAGUUAAACUUAUGGGGGAAAUAUUGCGUGGAAUAACUACGAUUAAGUUAAACGUGUGGGAGGACCAUUUUCUACGGAAUAUAUCAAAAUUGCGUGAAAGUGAGAUUAAGUAUUUACGUGGUAGAAAAUAUUUGGACGCACUCUGCGUUUACUUUUGGGCAACGACACCGGUGUUAAUCUCUAUGUUAACAUUUGGUACGUAUGUGCUCUUUGGAAAUGAACUCGACGCGAAGACCGUGUUUACCAGCAUGGCAUUGCUGAACAUGCUGAUAGCUCCACUGAAUGCAUUCCCUUGGGUUUUGAACGGCCUUACAGAAGCUUGGGUCUCGCUUAAAAGGAUUCAGAAAAUAUUAGAUUUACCAGAUGCAGAUAUCUCAUCUUAUUAUUCGGAGCCUCCGCCUGGAAUAGAUUUGAUGGUGGAAGACACAACGUUCAGUGUAAACUCGCAGCAAAGUGAAGAGCAAAAUGAGCUUAGGACAGUUAAAUUUAAUGAUUUACAAUCGGAAGGUGUUUUUAAUUUACAUAGUCUUAAUAUCACAGUACCUAAGGGCCAAUUGGUUGGUAUUAUGGGAAAAGUAGGAAGCGGGAAAUCCCUGUUUUUAGAUGGUAUUUUAGGAGAAAUCGUUAAAGUCCGCGGUACUAUAGCGGUGAACAAUUUCGAAGACGGUUUCGCAUACGUGAAACAAAAUCCUUGGGUUCAACGUGGUACGAUUCGCGAUAACAUCCUUUUCGGAAAAUCGUACGAUUAUAAUAAAUACAGGAACGUUUUAAAAGCGUGUGCGCUGAGUGCUGAUUUAAAUUCUUUGCCGAAGAAAGACUUAACAGCUAUUGGUGAGGCUGGAAAUACUUUAAGUGGAGGCCAGAAAACAAGAAUUUCCUUGGCGCGUGCUGUAUACGCGGACAAAGAUAUUUACUUGUUGGACGAUGUCUUCGCGACUUUGGAUCCAAAAGUUGCCGCUUUCGUAUUCGAGCACGUUAUUCUCGGUUUAUUAAGUAACAAAACGAGACUAUUGUGCACUCACAAAACACAGUAUUUGAUGCACGCGGAUUUAGUGCUAGAAAUGUCAAAAGGCAGGAUUAUUAAGCAAGGGAAACCGAGCGAAGUUUUACCCGAUUUAGAAGAAUACUUGCUAUCUACGGAAUCUGCAGAUUCAGAUUCAGAUAUGUUCUCUGUAAGCGAUUUACCGAGUGAUCAAUAUCAAAGCAGCGACGAGAGGUCUACAUUGCUCGAUGAAGAAUAUAAAGAGAAAGGCAAACUGCGUUUUGGAGUUUACAGUUGCUACGUGAAAGCGAUCGGCCUUUAUUUAACGAUUUCGAUAGUUCUGUCCAUGUUCUUAAUGCAAAGUUCAAAGAACGUUACUGAUUUGUGGCUCUCUUACUGGGUUACUCAUGUUAACACAACAGCGACUAAUACCACGGGUGGGAUAAAGCUUUUGAGAUUAAACUUAUUUUUCGAUGAUUAUAACAUCGGCACCAACUACUACUUAACAGUGUACGGGGUGCUGGUUGUGUUUAAUACGUUAUUCACGUUAAUGAGAGCAUUUAUGUUCGCGUACGGGGGUAUUCAAGCAGCCAUCACAAUACAUAAACAAUUAUUGAAAGUCGUAGUGCGGGCCAGAUCUGUAUUUUUUGACAUCCAAUCAUUUGGCAGGAUUCUAAACAGAUUUUCGUCCGAUACGUACACGAUUGACGACAGCCUUCCUUUUAUCGCUAAUAUAUUAUUUGCCCAGUUAUUUGGCUUGAUCGCAACAGUCAUCAUUACUACUUACGGACUGCCGUGGAUACUUUUGGUCCUAGCCCCGUUGGUACCGUUUUAUCAUUGGAUACAAAAUCAUUAUAGAUUAACGUCGAGAGAGUUAAAGCGCAUGUCCAGCGCGGCUCUCUCCCCGUUGUACGCUCACUUUAACGAAACUCUGCACGGAUUGUCAACGAUCAGAGCUUUUCGUACAGUGCCGCGUUUCAAGCAAGACAAUGAACUAUUGCUAGAAGUCAGUCAGAAAACGCAGUUUGCAUCAUUCGCCGCUGGCCAAUGGCUCGCGUUAAGAUUGCAAUUAAUCGGGGUGACACUGUUAGCUGGAGUGAGCAAUAUCGCGGUUUGGCAACAUCAGUAUGGUAUUGCGGAUCCCGGGUUAAUAGGCCUCGUUAUCACUUACACGUUAUCUGUUACUGGGUUGCUCUCUGGGGUGGUGAACGCAUUUACAGAAACGGAGAGGGAAAUGAUCGCGGUGGAACGCGUGAAACAGUAUUUAGAAGAUGUCCCCGUGGAGAUUGCGAAAGGGGAGAAUGCGCCGUAUGCUUGGCCAACCCAGGGUGUCAUCGAGUUUAAGGAUGUUAUUUUAAAAUACAGAGAUUAUUUAGUGCCAUCGUUGAACGAAAUAUCAUUUGUUACGAGACCAGCGGAGAAAAUUGGCAUCGUUGGCCGUACGGGUGCUGGAAAGAGUUCACUGUUUGCUUCUUUGUUUAGAUUAACGGAAAUCACUUCCGGAAGCAUAUUAAUUGAUAAUAUAAAUAUACAGAAUUUACAAUUGAGUGCUUUAAGGUCUCGAUUGGCUAUCAUACCACAAAAUCCAUUUUUAUUUUCCGGGACGAUUAGGGAAAAUCUCGAUCCGUUGAAUCAGUAUAUGGAUUUACAUAUAAGCAGAGCACUGGAGAAAUGUAAAAUUCAUUCGCUGGUAUGUCGUUUGGGUGGUCUCGGCGCCACUUUAGACGAAAGUGGUAGCAAUUUGAGUGCUGGCCAAAGGCAACUGUUUUGUCUAGUUAGAGCAAUCUUACACAACGCGAAGAUUGUCUGUAUCGACGAAGCUACGGCGAACGUCGAUCAGGAGACAGACAAAUUUAUUCAAUCGACGAUAAAGUCUUCCUUCCCAGCCGCUACGGUGCUUACUAUAGCGCAUAGGAUAAGGACGAUCAUGCACUGUGAUAGAGUUCUUGUGUUGGACGACGGAGAAGUUAUAGAAUUUGACGAACCAAAUUUGUUAAUUCAGAACGUCGACUCCCAUUUCUACCAAUUGGCGAGUCAAGAAUUUUCCGAUAAGGAAUAAAACUUGUGAUGGAUAUAUUUGAUUUAUUUACACGAUAUGAUUUUUAUAAUACGUCGUCCGUAGUAUUAAUUAUACCGAUCGUGUACAGUGUUGGCGCGCCUUGUACAUUGCUUAUAAGAGAACUAUGUCCAUGAGAUCGUAAUUAUUUUCAUACGAAGAAGAGUAUAUUUAAGUAAGUAAAUAUUUCAUUAUAUAAGAAACUUCGUUUUUAUUUAUUGUUUGCAUUUUACAUAAGCUACUUUGUACCGAGUCAGUCUACCUCGUUGUACAUUCGUAUGCUGCUGGCAAUAUACAUAAGAACUCGUCGAAA